AUGGUAUUGAACUACGACUUCAAAGCCCAUCUCAGUCUGGCUCCAGCCGCAGCACUUGGGCUAUCCAUUGGUAUUCUUGCCUGGAUAAUCUCCUCAGCAAUUAGGAAAUGGCCUCAUUUCAACCGCCCCAAGUCAGUUAUCAGACAGGUCGAGAGUCAGGCUCUUAACGUGCCGACCAAGGCCCCUUUGCAACGGCUUGAGAACUUCGACUGGACGUCCACAUCACCAAAGAAAUUCAGGCCCUUUAAGCCGAUUUAUCACAUCACUAUGGCCCUACAGUCUGACACGCCGUCCGACCUGGUCACAAUCGACAAAGACUACCUCGAACGAAUAAAUCUUCGCAAAAGCCUCAUCAAUCAACACGGCCAGACAGUUCAUGGAUACGUUCCAUCUGGAAGAGAUGCGGUGCAAGAGCUUUACAGCUACCUGAUGUCGGAGUACCUGCCCACUCGAUACCCCACAUUAUUCGACCUAGCGGAAAACGGCGCCAUAAUUAAGAAUGAGGUGACGCGAGAUGAGUACUCAGUCGAACCCCCUAUGGAUACACUCGCUGCCCUACGUGCAGUGGGCACGUCAAUCGAAGAGGACAUUUUCAUCCUCAAACCAACACCUGAUGGACAUCAGUGUGUGGCAUUCAUGUGCUGCUUCCCAUCAGGAUGGAAUCCUGCCUCAAAACUUGGUCAACAUAUGAACGCAAUCCACACAACUGUCCCAGCCUAUGAAAAAACAGGACCAAGCAUGGAACGUUUCUUCACAAAGCUGAAAGCCGGAGAGAGCGUCAAGCGUGUCAAUGUUAAGUCCAACUCGCAAGCAGAAAGUGCUCGAAGUGUAUAA